AUGACGACGUUCGCCUGCCUUGCGCUUAUGAAGCACGACCUCCUCCGCCUCGUCGGCUUCCCACCCGAGGCCAACAACUGGAUCAGCCAAGCCAUCACGCGCUCGUGGCCCGAGGGGAUCUGGUCCUCCCAGCCCCGGUCGCGCUGCUUUGAGUUCAAGCUCGGCGGGUCGCCGUGGGUUCCGAACGGCCGCUCGACCGUGCACGCGCGCUACCUCAUGCUCGAGAUCCUCAUCGUGCUCAAGCGCCACGGCUACACCCUCCACUCGUCCAGCGACAUCUCCAACUCCCAGUACACGCGCGACACGCUCGUCUUCCGCCACGGCAUCGCCGAGGAGUCGCCGACGAUGUUUGCGAUCUCGACCAACUCGAGCGACCUCCUGCGCUUGCUGCGCGCGCCGGUCGAGCUCCAACCCGUCAUGGCGCAGCUCAUUGCGCGCUACUGGCCGGCGGGACUUCAGCGCAAAACGCUCGACUAUGUGCCGGGCUGCGCCGAGUUCAAGUUUAGCGGGUACCCGUGGAGCUUCAACGGCGACGACAGCAUUGACGCGCGCAUCUUUCUGCUGCACCUUUUCGCCAAGCUCGAGGAGCUCGGCUGGUUCUUGUACGGCUCGAUCGGUCAAAGCAGCAACGGCGAAGGCUAUGCCAAGGACACGUGGUUCUUCCAUUACAUUGCGCCGAAUGCCGUCCCUCUCGCCGUCCCGCUCCAGAAGAACGCCGGGUAUCCCAUGGCGCCCGCGUCGGCGCCCGAGUUCUUCAAGUAACAUUAUAACAAAACUGAGAUCUGCGUCGUCUU